UACAGCGAGCGCUCUGCGGGGGGACGCCACCGAUCUGCGUCACGGAGACCACGUUGCAAACGCAAGGCUGACUUGUGCAUUCUCUACAGACUCGAUUAUGGGCGAGAAUCGCAAACGUUGCUUAAAGUAAAGAGAGUUCGCGCUUCUCUGAGUGUGACGUCAGGCCCAAGAGGGUUUGCUGUGACAGCGGAGAACCAAAAGCACAACGCUGUGCUAAGCCACGAGCGCCACUGCAUGCAGCCACGGGAGACGUGCUGCUGCUAACGUUAAUACGGUGAAAGGUGAGCCGUUCGGUUUGACGGGCAUCGGGAGGGAUGAGUGUGAGUGUGACACAGAUCAGCGUGCCCUCUGAAUCCGGCGGAACCUUCUUCCUCAAGGUGGACUGGGUGGAUGAUCUGGGGGCAGGUUUUACCGUUGCACUCUGCGAUGGCGAGUCAGCCUGGAUGGGAGAAGUCUCAGAGGAGGAGGUGGAGCAGGAGGCCCAGGAGCUGGAAAUGAGGAAGGAGAGCUAUGUGAAGGAGGUGCAGCAGGCCCUGACUGGAGCGGUGAGAUCGGGCGGGGACUACGCCUUCCAGCUGUCUCCAGAAAACCGCGCCCGGCGUCUGAUCUACGAGAAAGUGCAGAGGGACAUCUCGUUCAGGCUGGGUUCAGUGGAGCUGCUGCCGUGCCCGGAGCCGGACCGGGUCAUUAAAGAGCUCAUCUCCUACGGGCUCCAGCAGAGCCGGGAGCUCAGGGCCCAGAACCAGACCCUGCUGGAGCAGAACCACAGACUGUGCGGCGAGCAGAACCGGAUCAGCACAGAGCUGGAGAGGUAUGUGCAGGGGAAGGAGAGUUUGGAGACGGAGCUCUACACGCGCUUUGUCCUGGUGCUGAACCAAAAGAAGGCCAAGAUCCACCAACUGCAGGAGAGACUGAGACUGCUACAGGAGCAGCAGCAGGAGAGAGGAGUGAGGGGCGCGACCAUGGCGCAGAGUGCAGCCCUGGAGGAGGCUGAUUCUGGGGACAGCACAGAUGAGGAGACCCAGAACAUAGCCCUGUCCCAGGUCUCCACGGUCCUUGUCAGAGAUGUGACCAGCCAGAGCUCCCAGGACAUAGACCUCAGCGACAUUCCCGAUGUGGCUCCCAACCGCAAGCGCCGCUGGCGCCAUCUCCACGGUCCGGGGUCAGAGGUCGCGGAGUGCUCCAGGGACCCUCGGCAGAGUGGAAGGUGGGGUGCAGAGCAGGAAGGACCCUGCCCACGGGAAAGCACAGACCAAUCAGGACACGGCUCAGGAGUCUGCAGAUGUGGCCACGCCCAGCACUAAGACUGACCGUCUGUUUGAGGACUUCUGACUCCUUCCCCAUGCAUUCUAUUCAGGUGCUUUAAAUGUGUGCUGUUUGUUAUUGAUGUGUGAUUGUUCAACUUUGCACUCAAUGGUCCAUUCAAAAUUAUUUGAAAUAUUUGAUGUGUGGGGCCAUAAUUGUCUGAGAAUGAGAAAUAUUUAUUUUCUGUAAUUAUUUUCAUUUAAAACAAAAUGACUGCGGUCCUGACCAGGAAGGGCUGAGCUCCUGAAGAGUCAAAAGUUUAUUUUAUUAUUUGAUUAUUGGGGAAUAUUUUUUAAUAUAUGAUAAAAACGUGUUUUAAUUGAUGAUGAGGUUCAAUCUGUAAGACAGCCGACUCCGUAGGGCCAUAAUGGAGUCCCCUUGCAUGGGGGUCUGAUCCCCAUCAUGGCAGCUUUCCUCGCUGCUUUCUCCCUCACUGAAUAAAGUACAAAUAUAAAAUAUAUACAUAUACUGUAUAUGUGUUCUAAUUAAUAAUGUCUUUGAUUUCUUUGCUUUCUAAAAAGGAAAGUUGUACUCAUUUGAUGAG